AUGAGACUAGACUCGAACACCAGAAAAUCUGACGCCUUCUAUGAGUUCCACCAGGAACGUGGGCACAAAACUGAAGAUUGCAUCGCCCUCAGUCAAGAAGUCGUAAACAUGUUGCGUCAGGGAUACCUCAAAGCGAUGUUAAGUGACAAGAUGAGAACCAAUUUUUCCAGAGGAUGUGGACACCAAGGCCCGCCGAAGCCGCCAUCACCAGCUCGUACUAUCAAUAUGAUCAUCGGCAGCAGCGAUGACACCUCUACCAACGACGUGAAAUUCACCACUACUCACAAACUCAAGCGGUCUAUCACACGCGAACGGCACGACGGACUCAAAGAAAGUAUCAUCUUCGAUGAGUUGGAUGCCGACGGUUUGACUUUUCCUCAUAAUGAUGCCCUUGUUAUUACUUUAAAUAUUUUAGAUACCGAUGUAAAAUGCAUCAUGGUGGAAGAUGGAAGUGGAGCAUGA